CGGGAUCGAUUCUGGAGGGUUGCGCGUUGAGAUGAACAUGGGGAAUACGAGGUUGGGUUAUAUAAACCCAAUUGGUACUCGGAAUUCAAUGCAGACUAUCAGAUUAUUUCAAUCAACAAAGCUUUUAUCAUUGAAAGACCAUAUCUCUUCUAUUGUUUACUUUCGAUAUUUAUCAUGGACAACAUCGUGCACAAGGUCAAGGAUGCCGUCACUGGUCACGGCUCUUCCAAGGGAAGCAGUGGCCAGUACGACUCGGCUAAACAGGGCUCCAACGAUGCGUACCACAGUGGAUCUUCCAACAACAACGCUAGCUCCUACGACUCCUCCAACCUUGGUAACAAGGGCCAUGACCUGAAGAACCAAGGCGGAAACUACGGAAAAGACGCUAGCAGCUACGGCAAAGACACUGGUAGCUACGGAAAGGACACUGGUAGCUACGGAAAGGACACUGGUAGCUACGGNAAGGACACUGGUAGCUACGGCAAGGACACUGGCAGCUACGGAAAGGACACUGGCAACUACAGCACCGGUGCCAGCGACUACAGUUCCCCUCAUGGUAACUACGGCUCCGGCGCAGGCCGUGGUGACUAUGGCUCGGGUGCUGGCUCAGGUGCUGGCAACUACGGAUCCUCAAACACUGGCGGUUAUGGCAGUGGUAACAAGCAGUCUGGAAGCUACGGCGGACAUGACAACAUCGCCUCCCCCAAGACCGGGAACUAUGGCUCCCAUCAGACUGGCAACUUUGGAGCCGCAACCGACAAAUACGGAUCCUCAAACACUGGUGGUUAUGGUAGUCAGCAGUCUGGAAACUACGGCUCCGGAUCGGACAAAUAUGGAUCUUCGAACACUGGCGGCUAUGGUGGUCAGCAGUCUGGAAACUACGGCUCUGGAUCGGACAAAUACGGAUCUUCGAACACUGGCGGCUACGGUAGUCACCAGUCCGGAAACUACGGCUCCGGAUCGGACAAAUACACCUCUGGAACGGACAACUACCCCUCUUCCAAGACGGGUGGAUAUGACUCGGGUGCCGACAGCUACGGCAGCAAGUCCAACUAUAGCUCUGGAGCCGGCAAAUACGGAUCUGAGACCGGAGGCUAUGGCAACCAGACUGACAGCGCCGGCGCAGGAACUGGUGGCAUAGGCCAUGGUGGUGGUUCGAGUGUCACUGACACUGGCCGUCACAGCUCCAACUUGGCGAACAAGUUGGACCCGAGAGUGGACUCCGACAAUGAAAACCGCGCUCGUCACCAGGCCUUUGGCGGUGGCGCUCAGGGUGGUAGCAGCUACAACAACCCGAGCUCGACCGCAGGACCUCACAACUCCAACUUGACCAACAAGUUGGAUCCUCGCGUUGACUCGGACUUGGACAACCGCGCUACUCUUGGAACUCAGCGCUAAUGGUUGUCUGUUUGGGGGCAACAUGUUACGACUAAUGCGUUAUUGACUUUGAUUCUAUGACUCGAUAAUAUUGGGCUUUAGUAUGGGUUUUGGAUAUGGGAUUUUGUUUAUUUUGUGUAUCAUAGCAGAUUGAGUCCUUUUACAGGAACAUAAUUGCCAUUUUCUACGAAGUUCUCAGUGAUUUUUGACACACCUGUGUAGCCAGUGAUCUCGACCUGGGGCUUACAACGGCCGGUUACUACAGGGGUAGUACGGAAUUGAAAAGGGUGUAGU